GUUCGAUCAUUCCGUUGAAUCUGUUUUUGUUGUACAUCUAUAAUGUAUGGUUCAGUACUUGAAACUAUGUUCCGUAAAUAUCCGAACGCUCUCGCUCUCAUUUCGUCUCAAACUACACAUCUGAGAGUUUCUCCUUCUCCCUCUUUUGUUGCUCUUUCUCACCGUAGCAACCGCCGCGUCAUAUACACACAUACCUGCCCGAGUAUACAAACGCAUAUCGCGAGCAGCCACAAAAGCAAAGAGAUUGGAGCAGGCGAGCAUAGUUGUGCCUUUUUCUCUUACUCUCUAUUAUUUGUAUUGUUACCUUCAAAGCGUGCGGACGUACGAUGUGUCGUGCUCGUUGCUAGUACCUGUGAAAAAAGAAGCUACACGCACUUGCAAUUUACAGUGAUUUUUUACGCUACUAUUUAUCGCGAGACCUGACCAAACAAAAACAACGCAGACGUAUUAAAUUGUUCGUUUGUUUGAUGUGUUCCCAGGCAAGUGAAGUAAACGUAACUGCACAUAACACAUCACCAGUCAAACAUAAAAGUGCUAGAUCAAAUCGUGAUCGCGGUGAUCGCACUAUCCAAAAUAGUUACAAGUGUUGGUUUGAAAGCAAAUGAUGUAGUUUGAUCCAAAGUCUCACUGCAUAGCAAUCGAAGUGUGCGUGGUAGUGGCGAAUGGUGCGAAAAAGUGCAAUCCAAGUAAACGCCCUAGUGUCACUGGCACCCCAAAACGAGGGUUCCGAAAUGUGAGGCAACCGUGUGGCGAGUUAGUGAAAAAUGGGAAAAUAGUUAUACCGUGGCUACACGGGAAGAUUGGUGCGUUUGUGCUUGUGUGUGAGUUUCGUCAAAAGUGAAGGCAGUGUUUGAAGCUAGGGAAUGUUAUGGGGGGGAAGGAAAACCGUAUAGAAACCCCACAUUUAGUGUAGUGUAAGCAUAACCGAAAUUGAAGGCAGGUGUUAUCAAAUUGCCGCAGCAUACGCAAAUCGUAACUAGAAAGGCAAAACGCUUGAUUCGUGAACGUGGCACUCAGUCUGGCGCAAUGGCAGGAAAUAUUGUUAAAUGGUGGAAACAUAAAAUACUCGGCGGCUACAAACAGUUUACAGUUUUACAAGAAUGCGCCACCGAUUCAGAGGAACUAAUUUAUCCUGGGCGAGCUCCAUCAGCCUGUAGUGCACCACCGGAUCUACUGCUUACUAGUGAUCGCGAGCAAAUGUUAAAAGUGAAAUCCUCCUCAAGCACUGGUGCUGCUACUGGUCAGACUAAAACGUCAGUCCAUCAUCAUCAUCAUCACGGACACCAUCAACAAUCACCCGCUGCCAACGGACAUAAUCAUUCGAGCGCAUCCCAGCAACAACAGCCACAGCAACAUCACAAAUCACAAAAGGAUGCCUUCCGAAAGAGUGCGUCUGGGAAAAUGGGUGGUGGUGUAGUUGCCGGUGCCUCAGGUGGAGGAACCACCAAUACAUUAAACACCACCGCCGCAACCAUCCGUAGUGAUCCUGAUCGAGUUCGAUUGGAGGAGUUCACGUGCGAUGUGUCACUGGAAGAUGGAAAGAAGCCACAACCACUACAGUUUUCCUUCACUCUCUACGAUCUGGAUGGUCAUGGGAAAAUAACCAAAGAUGACAUUGCUGGAAUAGUGUCGACAAUUUAUGAAUCAAUAGGCAAAUCGGUAGUAGUUCCUCACUAUGGUAGCAAAACAAUUAACGUUCGUCUGACCGUGUCUCCGGACGGUAAAACGGCCACUACAAAACCAGCAUCGGCCGCCGUGAAGAAAGCCAUAGUCACGCCCCGAAGGCGAUACCGCUCGCGGAAACUUAUCUCCGAUGAUGAUGGCAGCGAUACGUCGGAAAAUUGUCCACGACUGCUUCGCAAUCGAACAGCAGCCACCGCAACUGCCGUAAACAAUGGUCAGAUGACCAAUAACAAUCAAACUGCCCCGUCGAAUCAACAGCACCAGCAGCAGCAUCAUCAUCAUCACCAUCAUCCGAACGGAAAUUCUGGAAAGUUAAAAGAAUCGAAUCUGACAAAGGCAACCGCUCUAGCAGGUGAUUGCCAAGUGAAGCGCUUAGUUGAGCUAAGCAACAGCCCUGAUAGUACACCGGCGGUCGGUCAGCUACUGGUGGAAGCAUACCAUAACAAUUUUAGUGCGGUGACAUCCGGAGCAGCAACUGGGUUGGGAAAGAACGUCCUCAAUAAUGCUUCAAAUGCAAACAAGAGCAAAACAAACGAAAAUAUUUACGAAAGCAUUAACAACCUAAAGUGCUGCAAUCUUCAGCAGCAGCAGCAACACCAACAAUCUACAUCCCAUAAUACCAGCAUUCAGACAACAGUUUCUUCGCUUCCAGUAUCAGCCGCAUUGAAUCAGUCGACCGCAUCGACAGCGGCACUUAUUUGUCGUGAUUGUAUUGAUGGUCCAACAACAACUUUAAUUCCAACGUUGUCGACAUUGGAAACGGUCGUAAUUCCAACGCCACCGUCCGCAAUAAUGGCUGGCCGUGCCAAACGUAAGCUUGUACGAAAAACGCGAUCAUCUCGGAAAACUGCCGUCGCCGCGAAGAUGAUGGCGGAAGACUUUCAAAGACGCCCGAGAGCACGUAGUUUGUCCGUGGGGAACGAAAACUGCUACGAAAAUGUAAUAGGCCGUAUGGCAGCCGCUCAAGAAGAAUGCUGGAAAAGCUCAUUGUGCCGGAGGGAACUGAUCGAGAUCAUACGCGAAAGUAUGGUGAAGAAUAGUCUCUGUUUUCAACCAAAUCGGAAAGCGAUAGAAAGUUCACCGAAACAUCGCCACCGUUCGCACACGAUUGCUUCCCGUGUUGGGGAUCAGGUGUUCUUCAACUAUCACCAUCCGACAGCAGCAGCAUUGAUGGCGGCAAAUAACGGAGCUGCUGUUGCAGCCGAACUCGGUGGAACACAAGCUGCCACCACCAGCACAACAACAACUGCUCUAUUUACGAUUGCUGGACAUGAAACAAAUCUCUGCGGUUAUGAUUCCUACCUUCACAAAACAAUCUGUGCUGCGGCUAAUGGAGGAGGCAAUGCUUCAAGUAUGCAGUUGGCAGCUGCACACACGACGGCGGCUAUUAACGGAGCUGUUCCAGUACUUGCUACCAGUACACCAAACCGGUUACUACAGCAACAUUUCCAUCAUUCCAAAAUAAAGAGGAAGGAACAUCAUCGUUUAGCAGCUGCUGUUGGUGCAGUUCGAUCUACACAACAUCCUGCGCCCGUAAAGCUUAGCACGGCCCUACUCAACCAACAGUACCCGAAUCUCUCGGCCGAGCAGAAGCUAACACGUUCAAUCAAUCAGGUCGAACAAUGGCUUGAUCAUCGUAGUCCCAAGAUCCUUCCAAAGGUCAAACUUACAGAUGAAACGCAACCCACGCGCACAGUCAUCGGUAGACCGCUGAAGCGUUCUAAGAGCAAAGAAGAACUGACGCCAAGCAAUCUUUUACUGCUGGAAAAUCUGAAAAUCAGUGAAGACAUUGCGGAAAUAGCGGUUGUAACGCCGAAAAAGGUGUACAACAAAGAAUCUUUGAUUGCUUCCGCGACUAAAAAGAAUAUCAAAACACACCAUCAGCACAGCUCCUCGCGACAACAGACCACACCAGGUGUUGAAAUGGGCGUUGAGAAAUCAGCUCCAACUGCGACGGUAACUAAACAAUCCACUCCUAAUGGAGAUGCUCAGCUGGUACAACUACAGUACGGUUCUGUACCGGUCAAUGCUGAGCCGAGUGAAUGCGAAAAUCUAAUUCGCAUGUCCGAUGAUGGUGAAGACGAGUCUCAGCAGCAAUCAACUAUGGCCACAGGAAAACACCAUUAUCGCCAUCCGCAUCAGCAGUCACGCUCGCAGCCACAAUCUCCGCAGCACCAUCAGCAUCAUCAUCAGCAGCAUGCACAGGAAUCACGGCACUGUGGCAGCGGUGGAGCACAUUCUGUCUCUUCUGCAUCGGCCGCCUCGACAACGGCCGUCCACCGAUACGUGCAUGAGCACAUCCAUCAUCACUAUCAUCAUUUCGAAAAUGAUCCUGAUGAAUCUUGAUGCUGGUGGUACGGACGUUUACAGCUGGAACCUUCUCCUAUAGCGUCAGCCCCUACGGCGAUGGCGAAAGUUGGUGGUCCCUGGUUAUCACUCGAAGAACCUCCACCACCUCCGUGAUCGAUGCUUACCACUACCAUCAUAGCCGCACCAUCUGCUGGACGCUGCCACCGUUCUUCGGCGGGUUGGUUCUGUUGCUUCUAGCUUCGCUUUUAACCACUCUCAAGCAUUCAUUUCAUCUCAUUUAGCUGUUUCUCUCUUUUGUGUACUUACGAAUCUCACACUGUUUAAGUUUUAUUCGAGUCAUUAUACUGUCGAAACAACACUCUGCGUCUGUGCCCAGAAUAUAGAAAAGAUCGAGACUGGUAGUUUUCUAUCCAUUUCGUGAUGUACAUCAUAUUACAAAACCUAACGAAACAGCGAACACUAACACCUUUGCCAACUGAUGUGUAUAAAUUAAUUUAUGCGAGUUGUAUGGUACUAUCUUCUGCGCGGUGGAUCAGUCUUCGGAGAUGAUCAUGAUAACAAUUUUCACUGCAUUGCUAAUUUGAACUGAUGAUCCACGCAAGAGCUUAUUGUAAAAAAGGGGGACAGAUAAGAAAAAAUGUAUAUGAUGUUGCACAGUAAAAGAAUAGGGCUUACAAUGUACGAUAUUGGUUAUUGGUUACUUGCGGAGGCGCUGAAAAACGGGAAUAAAUAAAGUGAAUCGUUGGGCAAAGAAUUCACCUAUAUGUGCGGGAAAAAAUAAGUAUUAAGCUACUAAUCAUUAGCUAGUGUUAGUUACUAUUUAUUUUGUUAGUUGGAACCAAAUCAUCGAAACCUAGGUAGAGACAGCUAUAGAAUGAAAUUAAAGCAAACAGUAACAAACAUCUUACAACGCAUUACAAAGGUACGAAGUUUUAUAACAAAAUCGAGGCAAAACGCUCUAAUAUCAUAUUCAUUACAUGCUAGAAGAUGCUUCAAGAAUAUAUGUACCACACUUUUCCAUCUUUCUCAGAUGCUCGCAUCCAUGAUUUUAUCACAAUUGUAUUACCUUGUUAACAUCUCGUAUUACUUAUCUUUCUCUCAUCCUUCAAUUGGUUUCUAUUUUAAACGAAACCACGGUCUUGACAUUUUCAUUGAACAAAAGUGUAAAUAAAUAAUACACAAGUGAAACCUAAUCCAAUCGGUAGACAAAUCGAUUGAAGACACGCGACGGAAAAAGAACACGAAACUUACAAGACUGAUUUCAUGUUAUUAAAUCGUAAUAAUGAAUGUUUUUCUUUUUAUGUAUUUCGAUACGUUUGUUCAAUACUUUAUCUCCCUUUGUUUUUAAAUGUUUAAAAGAAGUUUAUGAGGAUUAUUGGGUGGAAGUGAAGGACUUUGAAAAAAAUAAUAGAAAUAUAAUGUGAAUAGAAAAAGCUCUGCAUAUAAGUAUACGGAGAGAAAAGAUAUGCUGUCCGGUUUUACUAAAACUAUACAUGGCCAUUUUGCAACUAUUUCGACGGUGGGUGUCCAACGAAAGCAAAAAUUAAUUGUUUUUUUUUCUUUGGUUCUAAUCAAAAUCAUUACUGUAUGACAUAAAAUUAAGUGGAACGAAAUUUCAUUGUAGCAUUAAACACAAAAUUAUGAACGGUUUCGGUUAUGUAGGAGAUGUACAGUAGGUAAAGGAAAGAUAUAUUACAAUGCAAAAUGAUAAGUAAAAUUACACAUAAUCAUUUUGUGCAGAUAUAUGCGAUCAGGUACAGUCUAAGCCUUAAAACAUUAUUACAAGUUCUAAAUUGAUUCAAAUUUUUAGUUUUAUUUUUGAGGUUUGAUUUUAUUACUUUCAAAAUUUUGCAGCAAAAGUCAAUAGGGAAACAAACACAUUAAAAAACCUUUUUGUGCAACAAAUCAGAAAGCAGAUGCAUACGAACAUAAAUACUUUGUUUUGAGAUAAAUGUUUUUAAACGAGAAAGAAACGCAUCCACGGAUACACCAAGGGCUUCUCAAGUGAAAAGGAAUUUGACGCUAUUGAAGGAAACUGUUGUGUGCUAGUGUUGGCUUGGCUUGUGAACGCUUUUCAUGCGUUUUCUGAUUAAUAUAUAGUACUACAGCUUAUGCCGAGCUUCUCGUUCAUUGAAAAAGCUUUUGGUUGGUAAAAAAACCCGGAUUAGGUGUUUAAUAAAAGUAUUAUUAAAAGCGCGAAAGGAAAUAGCAUACAAGUACAAGUACGAAUUACCACCACUUUAUACUAUUACCCUCUUACCUUAAACUUUCUCGGUUCUACUAUAUUUCAAACAAGCUUUAGUUUCUACUACACAAUAUCCGGGUCAGAAAGAGUGAGAAUGUCUAUGCGCUUGUACGAUUGUUAGGUUAUAAGGUUAAUUUAUUACGAUAUUUCUCACUAAGAACGGCAGACACUAUUGCUGCUCUUUCUUUUAUUUCUCAUGACACUAAAGUUCUUCAAGCUAAAUUUUCUAACAAUGAUCACAUAACACAGGUUUACACAAGUGUGAAACUGACACGAAAAUUGUGUUCCAUUGUAUCAUUAAACCCAUAGAUACGGUCAUAUUCAAGAUAAAUAUAACGAGAAUACAGUUAAAUAAAUA